GCGUAAUAGCGCCAUCCCUACAGUGUACGAGACACCUCGCGGAAAAGUGUUCAGAGAGGAAAGGGUUAAGGAGUUUAUAGGGUCCAGAUUGAUGUCCCCUUUUCCACACGUCGCCAUGAACAAAUGAAUUCGCGGGGAAUUAAAUACUCAUUUCGAAAAGGAGAAAGAGUCUUAUGCUUUGAACCCGACCCCACCAAGGCUAAAGUGUUGUAUGACGCCAAGGUCCUUGAUGUCUUUAUUGGAAAAGACGAACAUGGAAGAAGAAUCCCAAAGUUCCUGAUUCACUUCAACGGUUGGAACAGAAGCUGGGAUCGUUGGGCUGCUGAGGAUCAUGUCCUAAGGGACUCUGAGGAAAACCGUAAAUUGCAACAUAAACUGGCACGCAAAGCUCUAGGUCGCAUGAAGAAAAAGGGAUGGGCCAAGAGGCGGCGCCGUCAGUCUGGUACAAAAUCUUCCCUGAAGACUCUCCCCAAGGAAGACGACAGUGAUGACGCAUGUCUGAUUUCGUCUUCAGGGAGCAGUGACGGGGACGACUCUGAACCUGAAUCUUCAAAUAGCGGGGAAAGCACUUUCUCUGAUGAUAUCAACAAAAUGAGGGUUGAGCCUGACAUUAAUGUUAAAAGGGAAAGUGAGGAGAAGAUCAUCCACGUUGACAUCAACAUCCCCGAUGUCCUGAAGAAGAAACUGGAGGAUGACUGCUUUUACAUCAACAAGAGGAAGAAGCUCGUCAUGGUUCCCUGUCAGUCAAAUGUUGUGCACAUCCUCGAGUCCUACGUCAAGCACUUUGCCAUCAACAAAGCGUUCAUGGCCAACGAGCGGUACCGGCGUCAGCAGAGCACCACCCAGAGCAGCAGCCCACAGCCGGUCCCCCCGGAGAAGAGUGAGGAGUUGUGUAAGGAGAUGGUCGACGGGCUGAGGAUCACGUUUGACUUCACCUUACCCAUGAUCCUCCUCUACCCCUGUGAACAAGGCCAGUUCAAAAAGGUCAGCUCUUCCCGGCUUUUCCUGGCUGCCAACGAGAGCUCCCCCUGCUCCAGCAGCGCCCAGCGAGAGCGCAGCCCGAGCCCGUUGGGACACAACCCGCCCACGCCCCAGUCCACAGACAGCCAACCAGCACUCAGCGACAUCUCUGGAACCACGCCCACCGCCACAGCCCCCACCCCGAAGCGCCGGCGUCACCCCGACAUGGACUGCAUCUCGUUUCAGUCGCAGUCUCUCAGGCGCUCCACCAGGAACACAUCUGGAGGCGACCGGCCAGCGGAAGGAAGCAGUGGAGGUGGAGGCAGUGCUACAGCGUCGCCGCAGCUCAAACGCCGUUUGGUCGACACCUCCUCUCAGCCAAAGUUCUUCCUCAACCUCGAGAGAAAAACCUCAGUGCACAGUGGCUCAUCUUCCCCGUUGCCCUUGACGCCCAGCAAAGAGCGAAGCGGCCCCUUCUAUGGCCUUGAGAGCCGGAGAAACAAUGAACUUAAUGAGGUCCUAAGUUGGAAGCUGACUCCCGAUAACUACCCUCUGCAUGACCAGCCUCCUCCACCCUCCUACCUGUACGGAUCACAGCACCUGCUGCGGCUUUUUGUGAAGCUUCCUGAGAUCCUGGGAAAAAUGCAGAUCCCGGAGAGGAACAUCCGCGCCUUGGUCAAGCAUUUGGAACUCUUUCUUAGGUUUCUGGCCGAGUUCCACGAGGACUUUUUCCCUGAGUCGGCGUAUGUGUCGGCAUCCGAGGCCCACUACAGCAUGAAACAGCCCAGGCCCAUUUAUUGAAGGACACGGCGGCCGUUUGUGUUUUCUGUCCCUUUCGCUCGCCCUCUCACCCCUUUUCAAGCUCGCCCCCACCGGGCCUGCCUGGGCUCGUGUGCGCCGGGGAAUAAAAGAGGUUGUUUUCACUGUCCUCUGUCCUGCUUCGCUCGUUUUAAACUGUCUGUCAUGUAAAGGCCGCUUUGCUUCAAUGUACAGAUUCAAGGCCCGUGGAGCGUUGGGCCGAGCUCUCGUCUCUUAGACAAAUCUUAGGAUUGCUCGGCUUUGGAAGCAGACACACCUCUGUCACCUGCUCGGACUUUCCUCCUCCUUAUGGCCAGCGUGCUCGGCUCCUGUUUUGUAGCGUCUUCCUGUCAGCUCCCCAUGCAGAGCCUCCCGGGAUCCCCAUCCGGACUUCUGAUGACUUCUCUGUAGUUUUCCACCUGAGAGAUGUUCUUAAUCCUUCGUCUGUCCUGCUUCAUGUUGUCCUGUGUCUCGUUGUGUUUUUAUUCCCUGUCUUUGUUUUUUGUUUUUUUUUACUCAAUCUCCUGUGAGUAAACCAAGUGUCGCUUUUCGUACACAGAGCCGUGUCAUAACCUCUGAUCUUUAUUUUAAAUACCCAGCUAAAAACCUAAUACUGUCACUUUUUGCAAAUAUUAAAGAUUGCUGUGAGCAAACUUAAUUAAUCGAGUACCAGAGAGAUUGGACAAUCACUUGAAUGGAUCAAAACAACUUGAGCAUAUCUGUAUGUGCAGCCUGUUAGUGAUAUGCAUUUAAACAAACGCUACAAAGUCAGUUUGAAUACAGAUGUAGAUACGUGUCCAGUUUCCUAUUUAUUCUUUCUUUGCACCCCAUUGGAUCACCCCGUUCAUGUUUGGUCAAUUGGUUCUCCGAUAUGUGACAUGACUGUUUAUAGGUCUUUGCAUCCCGCGUAAAGACUCCUUGCUGUACUGUUUACUGUGACGUCUGGUUCUGUUCAAUAAAAAAGGUCUUCACCGAGCA